AUGGCGCAAUCCUCCCAUCCCAAUCUGCAUCAUUCAGGGGGCUCCUCUCCAGCCGGUUCAUUCCAGGCUGCUGCCAUACCGCCCCCAGUAGCAAUCGUCGAAACACUUGUCUCCCAUCUAGUGGCUGCCAAACGAUCCCUCGGCAGCAUCCCCCUGGUUCACCGCGCUACAACCAUCCUCUCCGAGGCACGUGCCGCUGUUGAGUCCACCACUGCUCUCCUGGCCAAAACAGCCUACCUCCGUCGCUCGCUGGCUGCCCAGUUGAAGAUCCUCCGUGGCAUUCAGUUUGAGUUGGAAGCCGCUGCCCAGUCCGCUCAAUUCGAAUUUCAAGCUGUCAUAAAGGAGCUAGACAAUACUGAUGCAAGAUUAUUCCAAUGCAUAGACCUCUUGAAACAAACCCAAAUCGAGGAGGCAUUCAGCCCAUAUCCCCAGUUGGAAGAUGUAUCCGGCACCACUAAAAAGACCCUGCACGACUUUGUCGAUGACCAGGGGGUGGAGACCAUCAAGGAUGCCAUGAAAAUAGCCAUUGACAGUGUACAAAACACUCAGCAUGAGAUGAAUCAAUCCAUUCAGACUCUUGAAGAGGAUUUGCAAUCCGUCAAUGAAGUUCUCAAUAAUCGGAUAGAAUCAUCAGGAAUCGAGAGUGAGUUACAAUUUCUCACUAUCCCCAAAGUGCUUUCAUUACUUGAGAACAAUGCGAGAGAAAUGGCCCAUGGGCUAGAAAGCCUGGCAACUCACUUUGACAAUUGUGUCCGGGUCAUCAAGCACACAGAAGGCGGUGGAGAGGCUAUCGCCCAGACCAUGAGCGCUGAAGGUUUGCCAGAUGCAGUUGGCACAGACAUUCACGCCCUGCAAGAUCCAGCACAGCCCAUGAGCGAAGAGGAACUUGUGGAGCUGCUCGACGUGGUCGAAGGCGAUGCGGCAGAAGUUGAUGAGGUCGUCUUGGAACUCCAUGACCGCAAUACUGAAAUGGAGAGCCAACUUGAGAGAGUAAUCCUAUGGCGAGAAAGACAGGAAACGGCCCACAACGACGUCGCAACCGCAUUCAAACUCGUCGAAAAGAUUGGCGGUCGCCUCUCUGGCUACGUCGCGGAAGCGGCUCGCCAUUCCAUGCGCUGGGUCGAAGAGCGAGCCAAGAUCGAAGACGGAAUCGGCGGUAUGGAAGAAUUAUGCGACUACUACGCCAAUUUCCUGCAUGCCUACGACGGAUUAAUCGUUGAGGUCGCCCGACGUAAGACGGUCAAGAAACAAAUGGAGCGGGUCAUCGCUGAUGCCCACGAGAAGCUCGAGCAGCUCUACGAACAAGACCGUACGCAGCGUUUAGAGUUCAAAAACGACCAGGGAGAAUUCCUCCCUAGCGAUAUUUGGCAUGGCGUCAACAGUCUGCCGCCUAGGUACGUGAUCUCCAGAUCAGAUGACGACAUUGCCGGGGCAGGUGGUGCGACCAGUAUACCAGAUCUGCCGAGAAAGACGGUCGAGGACGCGUUGAAACGCCUCAAGGCUGGCGUGCGAGGUUUACCCUGA